GGAGGAGAGCGAAGCUAUUGAGCCAGCGAGGAGUGAAGCUGAGUCUGCCUCAUACACUCCUAGAGGACCGCCUCCAGAAUAGAGUUCCUUUCGCCCCUUCCUCCUUCUCCCAGCUCCUCUCCUGGCCUUUCUACCCGCCCAAUACAAUGCAUACUCGAGUGGCAGCCCCAGAGAACUGAAGCAAACCAAAGAGAGAGGACUGGAGCCAAGACACUUCUGGUGGGGGAGCUCGGAUGCCUGGCUUUCUUUGAGGUCAUCUUUGGAACAAGGGUGGCUUUGGGGUGGAGGGUCGUGCUGCAGGGAACCCAGCCAGGCCCCAAGAUGGACACUUCUGGGCACUUCCAUGACUCGGGGGUGGGGGACCUGGAUGAAGACCCCAAGUGUCCCUGUCCAUCCUCUGGGGAUGAGCAACAGCAGCAACAGCAACCGCCACCACCGCCAGCGCCACCAGCAGUCCCCCAACAGCUUUCAGGACCCUUGCUGCAGCCUCAGCCUCCGCAACCUCCGCAGCUUCAGCAGCAGCAGCAGCCGCAGCAGCAGCAACAGCAGCAGCAGCAGCAGCAGCAGCAGCAGCAGCAGGCUCCACUGCAUCCCCUGCCUCAGCUUGCCCAACUCCAGAGCCAGCUUGCCCAUCCCGGUCUGUUGCACUCCUCUCCCACGGCUUUCAGGGCUCCCACUUCGGUCAACUCCACCGCCAUCCUCCACCCUUCCUCCAGGCAAGGCAGCCAGCUAAAUCUCAAUGACCACUUGCUUGGCCACUCUCCAAGUUCCACAGCCACAAGUGGGCCCGGUGGAGGCAGCCGGCACCGGCAGGCCAGCCCCCUGGUGCACCGGCGGGACAGCAAUCCCUUCACGGAGAUAGCUAUGAGCUCCUGUAAAUACAGCGGUGGGGUCAUGAAGCCCCUCAGCCGCCUCAGCGCCUCGCGGAGGAACCUCAUCGAGGCCGAGCCUGAGGGCCAACCCCUCCAGCUCUUCAGUCCCAGCAACCCCCCAGAGAUUGUCAUCUCCUCCAGGGAGGAUAACCAUGCCCACCAGACUCUGCUCCAUCACCCCAACGCUACCCACAACCACCAGCAUGCCGGUACCACAGCCGGCAGCACCACCUUCCCCAAAGCCAACAAGCGGAAAAACCAAAACAUUGGCUAUAAGCUGGGACACAGGAGGGCCCUGUUUGAAAAGAGAAAGCGACUGAGUGACUAUGCUCUGAUUUUUGGGAUGUUUGGAAUUGUUGUUAUGGUGAUAGAGACCGAACUGUCUUGGGGUUUGUACUCAAAGGAUUCCAUGUUUUCGUUGGCCCUGAAAUGCCUUAUCAGUUUAUCCACCAUCAUCCUGCUUGGUUUGAUCAUCGCCUAUCACACAAGGGAAGUCCAGCUCUUUGUGAUCGACAAUGGUGCAGAUGACUGGCGGAUAGCCAUGACCUACGAGCGCAUCCUCUACAUCAGCCUGGAGAUGCUGGUGUGUGCCAUCCACCCCAUUCCUGGAGAGUACAAGUUCUUCUGGACCGCACGCCUGGCCUUCUCCUAUACCCCUUCUCGGGCAGAGGCUGAUGUGGACAUCAUCCUGUCCAUCCCCAUGUUCCUGCGCCUGUACCUGAUCGCCCGAGUCAUGCUGCUACACAGCAAACUCUUCACUGAUGCCUCAUCCCGAAGCAUUGGGGCCCUCAACAAGAUCAAUUUCAACACCAGAUUCGUCAUGAAGACACUCAUGACCAUCUGCCCUGGCACGGUGCUGCUGGUGUUCAGCAUCUCUCUGUGGAUCAUCGCCGCCUGGACCGUGCGAGUCUGUGAAAGGUACCACGACCAGCAGGAUGUAACUAGUAACUUUCUGGGUGCCAUGUGGCUCAUCUCCAUCACGUUCCUUUCCAUUGGUUAUGGGGACAUGGUGCCCCACACAUACUGUGGGAAAGGCGUCUGUCUUCUCACCGGCAUCAUGGGCGCAGGGUGCACCGCCCUCGUGGUAGCUGUGGUUGCCCGAAAGCUCGAACUCACCAAAGCAGAGAAGCAUGUUCACAACUUCAUGAUGGACACUCAGCUCACCAAACGGAUCAAGAAUGCUGCCGCCAAUGUCCUCCGGGAAACGUGGUUAAUCUAUAAACACACAAAGCUGCUAAAGAAGAUUGACCAUGCCAAAGUCAGGAAACACCAGAGGAAGUUCCUCCAGGCGAUCCACCAACUGAGGGGUGUCAAGAUGGAGCAAAGGAAGCUGAGUGACCAGGCCAACACCCUGGUGGACCUUUCCAAGAUGCAGAACGUCAUGUAUGACUUAAUCACAGAGCUCAAUGACCGGAGCGAAGACCUAGAGAAGCAGAUUGGCAGCCUGGAAUCCAAGCUAGAGCACCUCACAGCCAGCUUCAAUUCCCUGCCCCUGCUCAUCGCAGACACCCUGCGCCAGCAGCAGCAGCAGCUGCUCACUGCCUUCGUGGAGGCCCGUGGCAUCAGUGUGGCCGUGGGAACUAGCCACGCACCUCCCUCUGAUAGCCCGAUCGGGAUCAGCUCCACCUCCUUCCCAACCCCAUACACAAGUUCAAGCAGUUGCUAAAUAAAACUCCCCACUCCAGAAGCAUUA